CUACAUGUUAGCUAGACCAAUCAUAGUACAGCAGGAAGAGGCGGCACGUGCCAUUUGCUAUCUAAAUUUCAGACUACUUUAUCAGAGGAUAUAUUAUGGCAACAAACAUUCAAAUCAAGAUUGGAAUAAUUGGGGGUUCUGGUCUUGAUGACCCGGACAUAUUGGAAGAAAGGACAGAGAAAUACGUUGACACACCUUAUGGAAAACCUUCAGAUGCUCUUAUUGUGGGGAAGAUAAAAAACGUUGAAUGUGUGCUUCUUGCAAGGCACGGUCGACAGCACACCAUCAUGCCGACAAACGUCAACUACCAGGCUAACAUCUGGGCUAUGAGAGAGGAAGGCUGCACCCAUCUGCUGGCCACCACGGCCUGCGGUUCCCUCCGGGAGGAAAUCCAACCAGGAGACAUCGUCAUCAUUGACCAGUUCAUGGACAGGACAACAAAGAGGGCCCAGACGCUGUAUGAUGGGCGGACCGCCAGUCCCCCCGGCGUGAGUCACAUCCCCAUGGCAGAGCCCUUCUGCACCCGCACCAGAGAGGUGCUGGUGGAGGUGGCCCGUGGCCUUGGGGUAAAGUGCCACGCCCAGGGCACGGUGCUCACCAUUGAGGGCCCCCGAUUCUCGUCGCGUGCGGAGAGCCUGUUGUUCCGCCAGUGGGGAGCCGAUGUCAUCAACAUGACCAGCGUGCCCGAAGUGGUCCUCGCCAAGGAGGCGGGCCUCUGCUACGCCAGCAUCGCCAUGGCCACGGACUACGACUGCUGGAAGGAGCAUGAGGAGGCGGUCUGUGUUGACAAUGUACUGAAGACGAUGAAGGAGAACGCCAACAAGGCCAGCAGUAUCCUCCUGACCGCCAUCCCCCAGAUCUGCACGCAGGACUGGGCCCACACCAUCAGGAACCUGAAGAUGACAGCGCAGUCCUCCAUAAUGCUACCAAAACACUGACGGGAGCAAAAAAGCCCAUCCUCUCCUUACUAAAGCAAAGAAUGGUUCACACCCAGCCACCAAUACGGACCGUGGAUUCAUAGCUCACCAUCUCAUCCUUCUGACUCAUCUAUGAAUCACACGAAAGUGCCUGAUAUGCAUGUUUUCAGUAUUAUAAGUUCAAUAGACAUGUCUCUGAAAUUUCAUUGGACAUGUCUCUGAAAUGUUCUUUGGCAUGUCUAUGGAAUGCUGUUGUACCAGCAACUUUUCAUAGACAUAUCCAAUAACAUUUUAUGCUCUAGUCUUACCGCAAUGUAGUAUUAUUUCUAAUAAUUACCAUAGAUACUGUAGAUACUAAAAAAGUUGUCAUUGAUUAGUAAAGUAUAUUUCCUGUAAGGUAUUCUGAAGGAAGUUUAAUUGAGUUAUGUUUUUCAUUAAUUGUUUGUUAACUGUAUGGUCAGUAAAUGUGGGUUAAUGACCAACAACACGUUUACACAGAGAAUAUGGAACCGCACGUUCAAUCAGCUUGAAGUUUCUUGUUAGAUACAGAUCUGGAGUCAGCUUCUUCACCUCGAUCAUAACAUUGAGUCUUUAAUUGAGAAAACUGCAGGAGAUCCAGUAUAUCAGCCUUCUCAACUACCUGAAUUGUGGUCAAAGUACAUUUGUGGAUAGAUUCUCCUCUCCGUUCAAUUGUGAAUUAUACUUUUCAUUUAUUAAAACACUUUGUUUCCUAACCAA